AUGGGAAUGAAAGCCCGCUGUCAAUGCUCGAAGGUUCAGUUCGAGACACCAACAGAUAAACCACUGGCUCUUUAUAUCUGUCACUGCACGGAAUGUCGCCACCAAAGCUCCUCCGCCUUUGGCAUUACAGCCAUUUUCCAGUACUUUGAACUUCCUAAAUCAAUGUCGGCUUUUAUUGGAAGCUACACGCGCCACACCAUUGGAGGCCGAGAUAUGGAGUGCCUCUUUUGCAAGAAUUGUGGCGCUAGGGUGCUCCAUCGCCGCCGGGAUUUCGUGCCCGCUCCAGGACAACUGCCGAGUGAAUCAGCGACUACCAAUGUCAAGGGUGGUUGUUUGGAAGGUCUGGAUAAGGAUAUGAUGAAAAGCGCCAUUCAUAUUUGGACUAAACAUGCUAUUGUGGAUAUCCCCGAGGGAGCAGAAAAGUGGAGUGAGGCACGUCCAACACCAAUCUAA